AUGGCUAGCUAUAUAAACACCUCUCUAGCUCAUUUAUUAUCAUCAUGCAACUUUCUGUCGCCGUCGUUAUUGCUCUUGCUGCCCUUGCCGGUGCUCUUCCUUCUCCUAGCUACGUUCCUUCUACCCAAAGUGCUCAACCAUCCAGCCUUAUGGGUCUUUGGCCUGCCUCUGGCCUCCUCGGUGGUUCCAAUCAUGGUACAGGUGUCAGCGUCAGCGCAGACGUUGUUGCCAAGGUCACCGCAACUGUUGAAGCCGAUGUCACCGCUAAGAUCAACGCCAUUGUCAACGCCAACGUUGAUGCCAAAAUAG